CUCGGAGCUGGGCGGGGGUGUCUGUUUCCGCGCCGGAUCCAAAAAAAGGAGACCCAGGCUGCUGCCGAGCCUGGCCGCAUCCGCAGUAGAGUGUGUUGAUCCCGGGUUCCCGCGCCAUGGCCUUCAACUUCGGGGCUCCGUCGGCCACCUCGGGCACCGCUGCGGCCACCGCGGCCCCCACGGGAUUUGGUGGGCUUGAGACUGCCAACUCUACCGCCAGCGGGUUUAAUUUUGGGGGGUUCGGCUUAACCGCCAACCCCGCCGUGAACUUUAAUAUUGGGAGUUUCGGUGUUUCCACCACCUCGGCGACUCCGUUCAAUUUUGGGAAUAGUCUGGCGAGUGCAGGUGGGUUUGGAGGAUUUGGAACAACUACAACAGCAACAGGUUCUGCUUUCAGUUUUUCUGCCCCAACUAACACGGGGACAACUGGAUUGUUCGGUGGUACGCAGAACAAAAGUUUUGGAUUUGGUACUGGUUUUGGCACAACAACAGGAACUAAUUCUGGAUUGGGUACUGGUUUGGGAACUGCACUGGCAUUUGGAGGAUUAAAUACACAGCCACAACAGCAGCAAACUAGUGGUCUCUUCAGCCAGCCUACACAAGUGCCUACACAGUCCAACCAGCUGAUUAAUACCGCGAGUGCUCUUUCUGCUCCAACGUUAUUGGGAGAUGAGAGAGAUGCUAUUUUGGCAAAAUGGAAUCAACUACAGGCCUUUUGGGGAACAGGAAAAGGAUUUUUCAACCAUACCAUUCCACCAGUGGAAUUUACACAAGAAAAUCCCUUUUGCCGAUUUAAGGCAGUGGGUUAUAGUUGUAUGCCCAAUAAUAAAGAUGAAGAUGGGCUUGUGGUUUUAGUUUUCAACAAAAAGGAAACAGAUAUUCGAAGCCAGCAGCAACAUAUGGUAGAAUCACUGCAUAAAAUUUUGGGAGCAAACCAGACCCUUACUGUAAAUGUAGAGGGUAUUAAAACAUUGCCAGAUGAUCAGACAGAAGUUGUCAUUUAUGUUGUUGAGCGUUCUCCGAAUGGUACCUCAAGAAGAGUUCCAGCAACAACAUUAUAUUCACAUUUUGAACAAAACUCUAUAAAAUCACAAUUGCAGAACCUUGGUGUAACCCUUUCUAUGACUAGAACAGAACUUUCUCCCGCACAGAUCAAGCAACUUCUACAAAAUCCUCCAGCUGGUGUUGACCCUAUUAUUUGGGAACAAGCCAAGGUAGAUAACCCAGAUUCUGAAAAGUUAAUUCCUGUGCCGAUGGUGGGGUUCAAAGAACUGCUCAGAAGACUGAAAGUUCAAGAUCAGAUGACAAAGCAGCAUCAGACCAGAUUGGAUAUUAUAUCUGAAGAUAUUAGUGAAUUACAAAAGAAUCAAACUACAACCAUGGCCAAAAUUGCACAAUACAAGCGGAAACUCAUGGAUCUUUCUCACAGAACUUUACAGGUCCUGAUCAAACAGGAAAUCCAGAGGAAGAGUGGCUAUGCAAUCCAAGCUGAUGAAGAACAGUUGCGAGUUCAGUUAGAUACAAUUCAGAGUGAACUCAAUGCCCCUACACAGUUUAAGGGCCGACUAAAUGAACUGAUGUCCCAGAUUAGGAUGCAGAAUCACUUUGGAGCUGUGAAGUCUGAAGAAAAAUAUUGUGUAGACUCAGAUCUGUUAAGAGAAAUCAAGCAGCAUUUGAAACAACAACAGGAAGGUCUUAGUCACUUGAUCAGUAUCAUAAAAGAUGAUCUGGAAGAUAUAAAGUUGGUAGAACAUGGAUUGAAUGAAACGAUACACAACAGAGGUGGUCUCUUCAGUUGACAGUUAAGACUAAAAAGGUUAAAGAUCUGAAAUGUAUACUUACUAGGCCUUCUCCAAGAAUGACACUGAACAUGGGGACAAGAAAAAGAAAAUUCCCAGCUUGAUUUUUGGAAUGUUACUGGCUAGUAGUUCUUCAAAUCUGAAAUGACAUAAGUCACUGAAGCUCUACAAAAAUAGCCUUUGAAAGAUCGAAAUUCGUUUUUAAGAAGAAAUACAUCAUUACCAAAAAGACAUGCUAUUGUACACUUCCACAAUAGCACUAUUAAAAGUAACCAGUGUUUAAUUGAACCUGUACUCUUUCCACUAGAAAUAAAUAAGAAAAGUCUGCUUUGCACACAAAAUAAUCAGUGUGGUGGUUACUUGGCUAUUAGAGGAAUUUGUACCUGAAAAUGUAAAUGAUAUGUCAGUUUGUAUUAUUUGUGAAUUAUUUUACAGGAGUAAAGAAAAUCCAAGUGUAUUUAAUGAUUAAUGUGGUUUGUUUUCAUUAUAUAAAGACUUGAAAAUAUAUUUUUAUAUUAUUUUACUUAUUUGGAAUUUACAGAACAUACUCAAGCAAUUGGUUAUAACAAAAUCACAUUUUAUUAUCCUUGGAACUUUUUUUAAAGCCUUUUUAUUUUAAGGAAGAUGAAAAUUUAUAAAUAAAUUCCUUAUUAUAAGUACUUU